UAAUAAUGAUAAUACCUACUUGCACUCGAUGCAGCUGCCUCAGAGGCUUGUAGAAAUAUUUUCUCACCUUGUGGCCUUCCUUCCCGGAAGCCUUUUGCCCCCAGCCUCUAGCAAGAGAUAUUUUCUCCACACAAAAAUAAAAAGUAGACAAAUAAUAAAAUUUAAAAAAAAAAAAGAAGAAAAAACCGAUGUCUAAACUUCCUUCUUUCUUCCACCAAAUAAUACAAACUAACUUUUUUCCUUGCAAAUUUUCUCCAAAAUUCCCAGUCCACAGCCAAUUAAUCUCUUUCAGACGUUUGCAAUUCUUAAUUUUAAUAUUGUUAUUGGCAACCCCAUUUCAAGCUAGGCAUUGGCAUGCCUGCAAAUGGCAGAUAAUAACCUUUUUAGUCGGUGAAAUCGUAAAACAAUAAGAUUCGUUAGAAAAGGGCAUAAUAGUUACUUUUUUUUUUGUCUUGAUAUAUUGAAAAUCUGAGAAAAUAAUUUCUCUUAAGGUAACGUGCAUAUGUUGUUCUCAAUUCAUGUGGAGAUCUGAUAAAAGAGUAUGAUUAUUCGACGUUGGGUGUAUGACUGGCACAAUCUAGAAAUUCACCUAGCCUGCAGAGAAAAUUAAAUUUUAUCCCAUGAGUUUCAUGUAUCUUGGGAAUCAUGCUUGUUCCAUCACCUUUAAAUGUUGUUUUUAUUCAGUUGAUGAAUUGAGAAGCUGGACAAAAUAAAUAUUCUAAAACAUGGCUUAUCAUGUUGCAAAUAGGGCACAAUCAUCUUCUUCUUCUCAACCGCCUCUCGUCCAAAAACUAACUGAUGAUCCUGUAAACCCCAAGAAUGCGCAAAGUAGUGUCACGUGUGUUUAUCAGUCUCAUAUUGGGGGCUAUUGGCGCAAUGUGACUGUUAUAUGGAGCAAGAAUUUAAUGAAUCAUUCCGUGACCCUAACGGUCGAUAGUGUGGAAAGUGAUUAUCAUCAAACAUGCAAGAUUGAUCUUAAACCUUGGCAUUUUUGGGCCAAAAAAGGAUACAAGACCUUUGAAGUUGAUGGGAAUCAAUUGGAGGCAUAUUGGGAUCUAAGAUCAGCAAAGUUUUCUGGAAGUCCAGAACCAUGUUCGGAUUUUUACGUUGCCUUAGUUUCCGAGGAAGAGGUUGUGUUAUUGUUAGGGGAUUACAAGAAAAAAGCCUACAAGAAAACCAAAUCAAGGCCAACCCUUGUGGAUGCUUUGUUGUUUUACAAGAAAGAACAUGUUUUUGGCAAGAAAAGUUUCUCAACAAGAGCUAAAUUUGAUCAAAGAAAACAAGAAAGUGACAUUGUGGUAGAGAGCUCAACUUCAGGGCCUAGGGAUCCUGAAAUGUGGAUAAGCAUAGAUGGGAUUGUUUUGAUUCACAUAAAAAAUUUGCAAUGGAAGUUCAGAGGAAACGAAACUGUGUUAGUUAACAAACAACCCGUGCAAGUCUUCUGGGACGUGCACGCUUGGUUGUUUUGUUCACCGGGGUCCGGUCAUGGUCUGUUUAUUUUCAAGCCGGGGGCGUCUGAGGACGACAGUGACAGGGAAGAGAGUAGCGUGGGCGGUGGCAGCGAUUGCAGUGACCAUAGCAAGUAUUAUUCGACGUUAAGCUACUCCAAAGCAUCGCCAUUUUGCCUCUUCUUGUAUGCAUGGAAGAUUGAGUGAGGGCUAAGCACACCAUUGAAUAUUGAGAAUUGCUAAAAGUGGUAUAAAAUCUAAGAAUUAUAAGCAUGAGCUUCCAGUUUCAAAGAAAUUGUAACUGGAUAAGCAAAUGUCUUGUGGAGAUCAGCAGAGUAAAGCUAAAUUUCUUGGUGUUUUCACUCCAAAUUAAUGUGAAUUUUGUGAAAAUAUUAUUCGAUAUAACGCUAUGCUUUUUUCAACUUGGCGGAUGCAGAGUAUGUGCAUGGGGGCGGGCAUACUCCCUCAUAUAUGUAUAGUCGGACAAUUUAAGAAAUUUAGUUAUAUUUAUGUUUUGCCUACACCAAUUGUUAUUGAGAAUAUAAUG